ACACAGAUACACGCCAAGUUCUUGGGCAAAUUCGUCGGGCCUUAGGUGAAGUCGUCAGGGCAAGAACCGCCGUUUGCUUAUCAUAACCAGUGUCAUCAUGAACCCUCUGACGUCACUGUCCGAAGAGCCGCUGGUGACCUUGACCUUUGGUGACCUGCUUGACCAGGCGGCGGUCAGCUGGCCGGAGAAGGGCGCCUAUGUCUUCUGUGAGACCGGGAGUAGGCUCACGUUUAAAGGACUGAAAGAACAGGUAGACAAGUUAGCGGCUGGGCUGCUGGCAAUAGGGAUCGGCAAGGGUGACCACGUGAGCUGGGUGGCGGGUAACAGGCCGAAGUGGAUCGUCAUCUUUCUCGCUGUGAUGAAGAUAGGAGCUGUGGCGGCUCCACAGGACCUUUGCUUCUUCGAAUACGCAGAAUCCACGGUUACCAACACAUUGAAAAAGGCUGAGGUAAAAGUGCUAAUAGUAGAGGCGAGAGAGGACGGAUCAACACCGUUCCACGACAUGUUCGGGACGACAGAAGGAGUAGAGCGGGGAGCUCCGGCUGUAGAAGGACUGCCACACUUAACUACAUUGGUGACCAUCGGAGAAAGCUGUCAUCGGCAGUGUUACACACUGGCGGAACUGCAGCAAAAGGGAGAAGACGAGAAACUUCAGGAACGGCUGGCUGAACUACGACCCCAGCUCAGCUGCCACGACCCGGCCUUACUGCAGCUCACCUCGGGCUCCACGGGUCUCUCCAAGCUUGUGCAGCACUCGACCCACGCCAUCCUCAACAGUAACCGGUACGUCGCACUGGCUCUACACAUGGACCAACAGUGCAGAGCCGUGUUCUCCACGCUGUUUUGUAACGUCGCCUGGAACGUGUGCCACCCCAUCAUCACGGGCUGCACGUUCGUGGUUCCUACUACAGACGCGCCGGACGCAGAGGACAUUCUCUCAGCCGUCCAGGAUGAAAGGUGCGACAUUUUGUACUCUCUCUACGUCAAGAACUUCUACACCAUCCUCCAUCAUCCUCGCCUCCAGGAUUUCGACCUGUCUACGCUAAAACUUGGUAAGAGGAAACACAUCUUUACCACAAUCAUUUUUACUAAUCAAGAAGAAAAUAUACAGGGCACUGACCUGAUGCACUCUAGCAGAGAGCUAACACCAAACAUCACCUCUGAAAAUACGAAUUACAUUUAA